AUGGCGGCGGCAUCCACGGCCAAGAUAGUGAUCAUUGGUAGCUACAAUCGGGACCUGGUAUGGUAUGUCAAAGACUUUCCUAUUGGAGGUCAGACGAUCAAUGGGAGCUUUGCGUCUUCCCACGGAGGUAAAGGGUCCAACCAGGCCAUAGCCUGCGGAAAGGUUCUUCGUGAUCCAUCCAGGGCCUUCUUUGUGGGUGCGGUUGGCAAGGACACUUUUGGGGACGAGAUUCUGGCUCAUUAUAGGGAGCUUGGCAUCCCCAACUGCAUCAAGCAGGUGUCCGGGGCACCCACCGGUAAUGCAGGGAUCUAUGUUGCGGAGUCAGGAGAAAACAUGAUAGUCAUCUCUGAGGGUGCUAAUGGGAUGCUAAAGCCAAGCCUGGUGCCGGAUUUGAUGGCUGUGUUGGUGAAAGCCACACUUGUAGUCAUGCAGUGCGAAAUUUCUCCAGACAAUACACUCUUGUUUGUCGAGGUCAUCAAGCAGGCUAAGGCACAGAAUAGUAGUCUUCGAUUUGUGUUCAACCCAGCACCGUAUAGAGCUGACUAUGACUUCAGCAAGAUCCUUUCCAUCACGGACAUCUUCUGUCCUAAUGAGCUGGAGGCGCUUGAGAUAUCUGGUACAGGCAGACUUGAAGGGAUUUGCGACGAUUCUAUGAUGAAGGCUCUUGUGGAGAAGAUGUCUAGUCUUUCGCCUUCUCUCAAGUUCGUUCUUUUCACGCUGGGUAGCAGGGGGUCUCGCAUAGUGCAGACAAAAAGCUAUGAGUCUCGGACUGUUGGGAUAUACUCCCACGGGAGGGCGAUUGACACAUCAGGAGCUGGAGACUGCUUUAUUGGCAGCUUUUGUGUGCGUCUUAUGGAACUGGCCGAGGAGUCUACUCGUGGACCAUCUGCACUUAAUGACAUCGACACUAUUGCAGAGGCUGCGCGCUUUGCAAGUGUUGCGGCAGGCAUCUCUGUAACCCGCAAGGGUACCUCUGCGUCGGUUCCCAGGCGUCAAGAAGUGGAUGAUGCCCUGUCUAAAUUUUCUGGUAAAUAA